AUGGAAUCCUUUCAAAAAUUAUCGUCCCAACGUAGCGACACUUUCGUUAAAAGUUUUUGGCUUUUCCCUUUUUUGUCUAUGUUGUUGACGAUUGCGUUGUUUUUGCGAAUGGAGGCAAUCAACAACAAGACGGAGCUUAAUGGAAUGCGAAUAUCGAAAGUUGAAAGCCAAAUGAAGAUUAUGACGACCUUCCAUGCAACAGAUGACAAAGAUGUGAAACAGACCCAAGGUAGGCAUGCAUCUGUCUUACAUUUUCUGCACCUUUAAGUUCAGAAUACAAAAACAACCAAUCGUAGAAAAACAAUGAAGUUUUCGACACAUUGCCUUGAACCAAGCAAAAAUAAGUGCCUGAAAGCGUAAUAAGUUAGUUAGGGGCUCCUGGCCUGCAUGCGCCUGUGCACGAUGACUAUUCGGGAACCAUUUUGCUAGCCAUCGGGCUCUUUAAUAUUUUCAAUAUUUUUAGACAAAUGCUGCUAUGUAAUAAGUUUGCAUUCUUGAAACGAGUGAGGAGAAUUUUGACGGGCUAACAAAAGGCAGAAAAUACGUGAGCGAAUGCAAAGUAGUAGUGCCUCUGUUGACAUGACUUAUUGACCACUGAAAUAAAUAAUAACUCUCACGUGCAUCAAAAAAAUGCUGGGAAUUUUUUGAGAAAAAAGCCAUACAGCGAAUGCGAUCAAGACAAAAGCAAAUCACGCGAGCCAAGAUCCAUAAUCUAAAUGGCCUUAAUUUUUAAAAAGAAUUGAACCGGUCUUGCGCAUAGCCUGCGUCUCAGACACUCCACACUGCCUCUACAGCAAUGCUUUAGACAACAAAAUUGUUUAAUUAAUUUCUCCUUUGUUGUUUGAAACUGGCAAACAGGCGUUGUAGUAACCUGAAUUUCCGAAGUGCCUUCGAGUCGCUUACUGCAUUUAGGGAGUAUUAGUAGGUAUUUUUAAAACUGAACUCACCGAGUCACAACAACAGGAAGUAGAAAACAGACUUAUGUAACGUCAUUUGAUACUAGGCUACUUUAAAAAAAAAUCUCAAGACCUUUUUAGCUUGGAAACAUUGUUCUAGCAGUACAAUAAUUGGAUACGAGGGAAAUCAUUGGAUCUGGAUAUACCUGUGGGAAAUUAAUAAAGAAUACACUUUCCUUUCAUAUUUCGAUCAGGCGAUCAGGCGAACGAAGCGAGCCGCGAGAAACGCGCGGGAGCGAGCAGCGAAGCUGCGACGGGCAUUCGUGUCCCUUAUAGCGUGCGCGGCUGUCGCGUGACUUCUCGCGACUUCUCUAGAUGGAGAGCUUGCUCACAUACAGGCAGGCUAAUGAAAGUCUGGCGAGGACGUUAAGCAUUGAAUUAGAUUGUCUUGGCCAAGAAAUCUAAAAUUUUCAGCGAAUACAAUGCUAUGGAGUCUGAAACUGUUAUUCCACCGACUUUCUUUGUGUUUCUAUUGCAACUCCAUUUAGACUCCAAGAAAAUGGUGGCCAGUACAAGGAUUCGUCGCAGCAUGAACUCAGCAAGCAACAGCUCGCUGUCAAUAGAGGAAGUACGCCGUGAAAUCAAUAUAAGAAUAGGCCAACUGAAACCAGAAUCCUGGUGUCAGCAUUCAAAAAAUGCCUGCGUCCCAGGUCCUCCUGGUGAAAAAGGAAGUAGAGGUUCCAGAGGAAGACGAGGAAGGCCCGGUGACAAGGGUAAAAGAGGUGCACAAGGCAUUAUGGGUCCCCCUGGCAGACAUGGCAAACAAGGAAUUAUGGGAAAACCAGGAAUAAAAGGAGAGAAAGGACAGAAAGGUAAAGUGUUCAAAGAGAAGAAUUUUAAAAUGAAAAAGUUUCCCGAUACAACCAUUGAAAAAUUUGAUUUAACUUGUGCACGGUUAGCGCUGUCUACACUUAAAAACAAAACAGACCUCCUCGUAUUUGAAAGCCUUUCUGAUCUGGCGAGCUGUAACAUAUUUGGAUUUUCUCCUUGCUUAAAUUCACCUUCUUAACACUUUUUCUAACUUAUAAAACAAAGUCUAGAGACUGAUAAUUACCAGGCUUCUCUAUAAGGGCCAGCUAGAGUGUACUUUACACCAACAAAUUUGCUAUAACCGAAAUAACGAAUUUAUUUUUGAAAUUUAGGAAGAUUUUAUAAUUAAAGUCAUACUAUGUGUUGUAAGGCUUUUAAACUUUUCCUCGGCUUAAAAUAUCACAGGGUCUCAGUGAAGGGUCCGUUCUCCAACAUUGCGAGUAAUCAAGUACAAUCAGCUUGGUCUUUAAUUGCCUUUACAUGCUGCAAUAAAAUCACUAUUCAUGUAGAAAUUCACCUUUAAUAUAUACACGUUAUUGACCUAGCGUGAGGUCAAGAUGGCUGGAUAUUGGCCACGUUAAGUUCGUUUUCUUGCGUUUGUGUGAACCGAGACGUACUCGAGGACAAUAAAAACGCAAAAAAGAACGAGGUCAAUAGCCAGGCAUCUUGACCUGACGCUCGGCCACUAAAGGAUUUAUUAAUACCGAAUUAUAUGGCAAAUAAAAGAACUUUUUCUUGCGCGACCAACGCGGGAAAUCCCGAAAGGGCACGGCUCGGGUAGCCAAUCAGAACGCAAAAUUAUUUUCAUCUUGCCCGCCCACGGAUUCAGCCAUAUAAUAAAUCAUACUACUUAUUAACCUCGUCCGUUCGGUCAUUAUAGGGAAAUCUCCGACCAAGGCCUUGAUGUAUUGACCGAGCGAUAGCGAGGUCAAUACAUCAUGGACCUGACGCUAACGAUCAAAUAGAACCAACAACUAGUUAGCGGAUAACUUAAAAAAAAAAAACACUUUGAGCCCGCGUUACAGUCAGGUGACACUGGUCUGCGGACACCUUUUUGACAACUGUCAGCUGACCAUAACAUGGAUAGUCAUUAGAAUGUCCAGUGUCAAGCUAAGCACCUAGAUUGUAUAUAGCUUAAACAUCUAGCUAGUAAUGCCUGGUCAUUUCAAGAAAACAACGGAGCCCAUCAAAGCGCGUACUACUAACAAUAAGCAGUCAUAUCGUCCUGUAGCGAAGCUCUUCAAGUUGAAUGUUGCGAUAACCUCAUCAGGUGCAGUGGGGCCCAGAGGGAUGACAGGACUGAAGGGAGAUCCUGGAGAAUCGAUUUCUCUUCCGGCAGCGAUUGUAUCACCUAACACACAAACAGUGAGAGAGAACCAGUCUGCUACGUUUUACUGCUCGGCCAGUGGCAACCCAAAGCCUACGGUGACCUGGACAAAAGUGAAAGGUUUGUUUAAUAAAGUGCAGAGAAGAAGCUACAAAAAUCACGAAGGGACGCUUGAAAUAAUCCGCUCAACUUACAAUGACUCAGGGGAAUAUAAGUGUACUGCAGUUAGUGUACUUGGACGAGAUGAGAAAAUUGUAAAUCUUAUUGUUGAAGGUGAGUAGCGUGUUAAUAAACCUUUUUACCGGUACGGCCGCCAUAUUGAAAUAAUUCGAUUUAAGGAGUAUUAUAGGAUGCCCAGGGGGCAUGAGCACAUUUCAAUUGUAUUUUUGGGCGCUUUCCGGGACAUUUUUUCUUAAAGUUUUCUUAGAAUAAGAUUGUAAUGGGAAAAAAGAUCCUUGUACCGUGUUUGGAUGUAAUAAUGAUCGCCUUUUCCUAGUUUAGUAUUAGAAAUAUGGUCUUUCACUGUAUAUUUCUCGGGAAAAAGGCGAUCAUUAUUACAUCCAAACACGGCACAAGGAUCUUUUUUCCCAUUACAAUCUUAUUCUAAGAAAACUUUACGAAAACAUGUCCCGAAAAGCGCUCGAAAAUGCAAACGAAAUGUGCUCAUGCCCCCUGGGCUUCUUAUAAUACUCCUUAAAUCGAAUUAAUUCAAUAUGGCCUCCGUAUCGGUAAAAAGGUCUAUUUCUUGUCUCUUGGCCUAUUUCAAAAUCAAAAGUCAAUGAGGUUCUGCAUAAAAUUUAGAAUGUCUGAACGAAAAGUCAAAUGUUCAAAAUGCGGAAUGUUGUUCAAGUCAACUGAAGUACGAACCACUACGACAACCCAAUUUUUUAACUGUGAAAGGUUUGAACCCAGGAGUCAUUUCAAAAGUAGGCUGAGUUUGAUCGUCCGGGUGAACGUAGUCCUGAAUGGGACUAUCGUUGUUGAUAGGCUUGUCAGUGGCGAGCAGAUCGCCGAAGCCGAAACAAAGUCACUGUCAACAACAACAGUCCUAUUCAGGACUACGUUCUCGAUACGUUCACCCGGACGAUAAAACUCAACCUACAUUUUAAAUUUUUAAAUCAACUUAUCUUUCUCUUCUCAUUUACAGUUGGUCCGCGCCUGACAGAAGUACCAGAACGAUUUCUGAGGAAGCUGUAGCUUCACUUACUUGUGAAGCUUUCAGUUAUCCGCCAUCUGUAAUCACGUGGACACGUUCUCUGGGGUCUUUACCAAGAAGGCGCAGCAGCAUCAGAAAUGGAACUUUGACCAUUCGAGAUUUCUACAUUGCAGACACUGGGACGUAUGUUUGUACGGCCAGUAACAAGCUAGGUUCAGUCACGGUGGCCACAACCCUUGGAUUUCAGAGAAAGAUAGGUGGUAAUUAAUAGUUUUUUUUCUAGAACAAAAAAGCAUGAAGUGAGGACUGAAAAGACAACCGUGAGAUUCUCAUACAUUUUUAAAAUUCUAUAAAUUCUAUUUAACCACUUCAGAACUCCUUCACUUUUCCUUAACCUUGGAAAAUAUAGAACGUAAGAAGAAAUGCCGUUGGAACUACACCUGGGUCCAAAAGAUGUUAUAAAAGAGUAAUUCGUCAUUUUUCUUUUUAUUUAUAGCUUCCUGCAAUGCUGUGAUGUCAAAAUAUUCAACAAGUGGGAAAUAUGAGCUCAAAGUUAACUCUAUGAAAUUUGAGGUGAGCAGACAAAUCAUAAAUACUAUAUUAAUAGGGUAUAAGAUAAUACUUGCAUUUACAAAAUGGAAAAUAAUGAUUAGACUAAGCUAGGUAGAAUAUCGUUUUACACUGACUUGUCCUGCAGAUCAAGUAUAUUUGCCAAAGCCGAAGACAGAGGAAGGGAACCAAUUACAUUGUUUCACGUUUCACUACAAACAGUAUGCUUGUCUUGUUCCGUAAAUCAGCAUGCCUACGCACGAGCAGAUUCUGCAGCUAUUUAUAUCUUAUUAAUAUUUAUUAGACUUCGCGCAUAGUAUAUAAGCAUAUAUUAAUAAUUCACGGUUGUCAGUUUGACUAACUUUAGUUCGAGUUGCCCCCACUCACCCCUUCUAUAAGUAUCUACGUGUCUUCCCCAUAGAGCUUACUCUUCUGGGGUGACUAAUAAGUAUGCAAGGAGGAUAAUGAUCAAAAAACUUCUUUCUCUACUGCGCAUAACCAGCUCGUUGUCUCAAAGUAGUUAUCUGUUAGUGUCGUAAACAUCGAUAGCUAGAAAACUCCAAACUUUUGAAUUGUCCUAAAUAGGAACUUUAUCGAUAGAAGAUCGCCACUACACCUAUUGUGUUCUAUAAUACGCAUUAAUAUUUACCAUUUUUCGAGUAAUCCAUGGCCUCUUUUACACACGAUAUUUUUUUACACAGGUUUAUUGUGACGUCACAGUCCAACGCUCGUCAUGGACACUCAUUGCCCGAUUUUCUAACGCUGACGUUAAAUCCUGGAUGCGAGACGAUGGACUCUGGUGGUAUGACCAAAAUGCUUCCAUGGGAACAACAACUGAUCCGUCAGUCAAUACGGAUAUGAUCUCACCAGCUUUCUGGAUGGUUAGAGGUAGCGAAUUUAAGAUCACGCGCAGUGAUGAUUCCAGUCACACGCCACUGCUGCAGACCACAGGGAACUGUUUGGGUGGACAAACACUUCGAUCAAAAGUAACAAGUUAUGGCGACUUUAGAAAUGGCAAGGUUUGGUCCAGUAGCAGGUGCCUAGGAAGCUGCACGGUUCAGUAUGGCGGUCAGUACAAGACAACACACGGGUUUGGUCAGACUGAGUGCAGCAGCAACAUCCAAAGUAACAACAAGAUCGGCUUCUGGUGUGACUGGGGUGGUGGUGAUGGAUCAGUGAUGAUGAUUGGUGGAGGAGGAAAGGACUGUAACCGUGCUGAUCACGGGAUUGGAAUAACAGAAACUAACGCUGCUUCGUUUGUUGAAGAAAGCGGCACUCAAACUGAAUAUGACUUUGGAUAUGACGCUGAUACAAGUAGACCUCCAACCAAGUCCUACUCAUUAAACUUGUGGAUCCGUUGA